AUGGCGAAAUCUUCUGAUUUUCUCGUAAUCUUUGCACUUUUCAUCGGUGUCACCAACAUGUUGCUUUCAUUUUCGGCCGUUGAAGCUUCAACUUCAAGUGGGGACCACUACAAACUGGGCUGGAUUCCGGCGAUGUCGUCUGCGACAUGUCGAGGGACGAUUGCGGAGUGUCUAGGAGCUGGGGACGAGACGGAGUUAGGGUUUGAGUUCGAGAUGGACUCGGAGAUCAACCGUCGCAUGUUAGCGGCUAGGAGAUACAUAAGCUACGGUGCGCUGAAGAGGAACACUGUGCCCUGUUCGAGACGCGGUGCGUCGUACUACAAUUGCAGGCCCGGAGCUCCGGCCAACCCGUACACUCGUGGGUGCAGUGCCAUCACACGUUGCCGUCGUAACGGUUAA